AUGGGGGUGAAGCUGUAUGGGCAUCCGAUGUCGUCGUGCACCGUGAGGGUGAUGGCGUGCCUAUACAAGAAAGGGGUCGAGUUUGAGCUCGUCCCGGUCGACACACUCGCCGACGAGUAGAAGAUGCCGGAUUUCCUUGCCAAGAAUCCUUUUGGGAAGAUUCCAGUCCUCGAAGAUGGUGAUCUUACCAUUUUCGAAUCGAGAGAAAUCAUAGAGUACAUAUCCAAGAAGUACCAUGCCCCCACCACCGACGACCUACUCCGCUCUGACAGCCUCGAGGAGUCCAUCGCUGUCCGCCUAUGGGUUGAGGUCGAGUCCCACUACUUCCAGCUGGUGAUGUCGCCCAUCAUCUUCCAGCACUUUGUGGCCCCGCUCCAGGGCAAGGCGCCGGACCAGGCCAUCAUCGAUGACAACCUCACGAAGCUCGCGGGGGUCCUCGACGUGUACGAGGUGAGGCUAGGUAAGACCAAGUUCCUCGCCGGCGACUUCUUCUCCCUCACUGACCUCCACCACUUCCCCUACAUGUUAAACUUCAUGAAGACGCUGUGGGCGAUGGCGGUCCCUGCGUGA